UAUCAUCAUUUGCACUGAUGCAGUAUGUCUAGUAGUUCCAUGGCUCCCAACCCUUCUUCUUCUUGGUCACCUUCCUCCACUGAUAUUGAAAAACCAGAUUUCGAGUCAAUAAGGGCAUUAAUAAUUUCAGUCAAUCAAUACAUUGUCGAUUUCCUGGCAAAAGAUGAAACCUGGAGGUUGUUAAAACUGAGAUGCAUCUCCAGGUGUGCAAAGCAGGAUUACUUUGAAUGCUCAGAUCAAUCUGUUUUCUCAAAUCUUUGUCAGGGAAUUAAAAGCAUUGAGGCCGCAAUUCAGGCAACAAGGCAAGAGGAGAGAACUUCACAUCUGAGGAAGUCAGAAGAGAUGCUUCAAGUUCCGGCGUUGCUAGACGAGUAUGGAUUCACAGCUGGAAUUCCAAACCAUUAUUUGAUUUCUUUCUCAUACUUCUACCUCUCUGUGGUUAGAAAGCUAUGUAGGGACAAAUGGCAGGUCGUCCUGCAUUUUCUCCAGGCAGUGCUUGUCUCACCAAGCCUUGCUCGAAUUGAUUGUGCCCCCGAACUUUGUGCAAGUCUUUUUCCUUCCCGCAAAAUUGUGCCUGAGACACAGGAAAUAGAUGAUAUUAGUCAUACUGAGGAAGAUUCUGUCGAUGAAGAUAUGAGGCAGAUGGCGAGAAGAUACAAACACUGGUUGAUGUAUUAUCAGGUAAUGUCUUAUGGACAGACUCCUAACUGGCACUGCAUGGAUGGUGAUAUUACAUCCCAUGAAGACGAACCAAAGUAUGUUUUGUACGAGAGAGCUAGCAUCGGUAACUCUUCAAAUUCAAUGGAGCAUAAGCAUAGCUUUCCAUCUAAUUUUAGUGAUCAGAAGGUGCAUCCAUUCAAUAACCAAAAGUUCAUAAUGGAUAUGGAAUAUGAAACAAAGACGUCCAGGGAAGCUUCAGAUCAUCCAGGCUGUGAGAAAGCCCUUAAAGGUCAGACUCCAAAUGUACAGGCUUUCAAUGGAGAACUUGCAACAAAUUUUAGUAUUAAGUGCCUCCAUGAUAUGCUAAAGGAAUCCCAAUCAGAUACACCAACUUCAGAAGACUCCAGUAUUUAUUAUUUCGAAGAAAAUGACUCAGAGGCAAAUAUAGAUGGCGCAGAAAGCUCAAUUUCAACUGCAAGAAGAAGAGAAUAUGAUCCACAACAGCAAGUCUAUGAUCAGACCCUACAGUAUCCGUGUUUCGCAUCAGCCCAUAUGCGCACAAUGACUUUGCCACAUGCCCCUCAACACUCGAUACAUGAAGAACUCUCCAAUGUAAAUGUCAAAGAAUUCCUUUCAGACAGAUUCCUGAGUUCUAUUGGUGAUUCAGAUUUAUCUACCUCAGAUCAGAGAGAAAGAAAUACAACUUUUUCUCAAAGUUUCCCAUCAGAAGAUGAAUUAGCUUAUCGCACAUUACAGAAGCAAAAAUUUCAAAUGAGUGGUCAUAAAACAUCUACAUCUCCACCGACUAGUAUGUUCACACACUUAAAUCAACAAGGAAGAGCUAAAAGGAAAAUGCAUAGCUCACACAAUCAUAGAAAGUUCAAUGAAGCCCAUUCUCAUCCUGGGCAAGGUCAUAAUGUAGAGCUAUUGGCUGUUGUUGAGAGGGCAAUUUCUAAGCUAUGUUUCUCAGAAGGAGUGGGAAAAUGUGAAAGGGAAUAUGCUGUUGAAGUAACAAGCAUAUACAAAAUGCUGAACCAGAAGACAGGAGAGACAUAUGCCAUAUUGAAGGACAUGAUUCUGGAUCAACUAUUGAUGGCGAUUUCAACCUCCAAAAAGGAAAAAGUAGUCAGGGCAUCAGUGUCCACACUUACUACCAUCAUUUCAGUAAACAAGUCAGCUGUCGAAGAAAUCAAGAAGAAGGGUUUAAGGUUGUGCGAUUUGGCGAGUGCCUUAAAACGAAAUGUGCAUGAGGCAGCUAUACUUAUCUACUUGAUCAAUCCAGCCCCAAUUGAGAUUAAGAGUUUAGAGCUUUUACCGACACUCGUAGAACUUGUCUGCACUUCAAACGGCUACAAGGGUAAACCAGCACCACCUGUGCUGACACCUCCUUCAGCAUCAUUGAUGAUUAUUGAAGUAUUAGUGACCGCAUUUGACUAUACUACAAAUAACACGCACUUGGCUGCUAUCAAUACUCCCCAUAUACUUUCUAGGCUCCUAGACGUUGCAAGAAGUAAUAGCGUGGAAGAAAACGUCUCUCUGGCCACUAUUCUAGUAAAAUGUAUGCAGUUUGAUGGGCGAUGCAGAAAAUAUAUAUCACAGUUCACUACAGUUGCUCCAUUUAUAUGUCUCCUACAGAGUGACCAGAAGCGUGCCAAGUUCAUAGCACUUGAAUAUUUUCAUGAGAUCCUUCGCAUGCCACGGUCAUCGGCCAUAAGCCUAUUGCAGCGGAUAAGAAAUGAAGGUGGCACUGAUAUUUUGCACAUAUUAGCACUUUGUGUUUGGCAACUACAACCAAAUUACCAACUGUUGGCAGCAAAUUUAUUGCUUCAACUAGACACAGUGGAGAACCAAAAAGGUAAUGGAGAGUUUGUAGAAGAGACUAUAAAGGUCAUCCUCAAGUUAUUGGCAUCUGAAGAAAGCUCUACCAUGCAGCUAUUAUCCGCAUUCAUUCUGUCAAACAUGGGUGGAACUUAUUCUUGGACAGGAGAACCAUACACAGUAGCAUGGCUGGUGAAAAAAACAGGAUUGACCUCCCCAUAUCACCGGAAUAUGAUUAAGAACUAUGAAUGGUCAGAAGAAAGCCUGGAGGAUGCAGGAAUAGACUCAUGGAGCAGCAAGAUUGCAAAGAGCAUCAUUGAAAUAGGUAGCCCUGUCUUCCGAGCUUUAGAGAAGGGCCUAAAGAGCGAGACGAAAAACGUUUCUCGGGACUCUCUCACAACUAUUGCCUGGCUAGGAUAUGAAAUCGCAAGAAGUUCCAAUAGCCUAAGGAGUUCAGCAUGCAAGGUCUUACUUAGUGGAAUUGAGCAGUUUUUGCAUCCAGGCGUGGAGCUUGAAGAAAGACUUCUAGCAUGUCUGUGUAUCUAUAACUAUGCCUCUGGCAAAGGCAUGAAGAAACUAAUUCAUUUCACAGAAGGAGUAAGGGAAUCUCUGAGGCGCUUUUCAAGUGUAACUUGGAUGGCAGAAGAAUUACAUAGAGUUGCAGAAUAUUCUCUGCCCAAUAAAUCGCGUAUUUCUUGUGUUCACACUCAAAUUCUGGAGGCAAGCAGUAAGUGCAGUGGUGCUGUAACAGCCCUCAUCUACUACAAGGGGCUGCUUCACAGUGGAUAUUCUGAUGGUUCAAUAAAGGUGUGGGAAAUCAAGAAGCAAUCGUCCACACUAGUAUGGGACAGGAAAGAACACAAAAAGGCAGUGACGUGCUUUGCACUUUUUGAACCAGGGGAGAGCCUUCUCAGUGGAUCUUCUGAUAAAAGUAUAAGGGUUUGGCAAAUGGUCGAAGGGAAACUGGAGUGCAUUGAAGUCAUAUCAAUGAAAGAACCAAUUCAACAGAUGGAAACUUGCAAGCAAAUCAUUUUCGUUGUCACCCAAGGCCAUAAGAUAAAGGUGUUCGAUUCACAAAGAACAGUCCAAGAAAUCUGCAAGCACAAAAAAGUGAAAUGCAUGAGGUUGGCUCAGGGGAAGGCUUACCUUGGCUGCACGGACUCUUCAAUAAAGGAGUUAACUAUAAGAAACAACCAGGAGAGAGAGAUCAAAGCACCAUCAAAGAGUUGGAGAAUGCAAAGCAAACCCAUCCACUCACUUUUCCUCUAUAAGGAUUGGCUCUACAGUGCAAGUUCAUCAAUUGUUGAAGGUUCAAACCUCAAGGAAUGGAGAAGACAAUCAGAGCCACAAAUGUCAAUAGUAACAGAGAAAGGAAGAAAUAUAUUAGCCAUAGCAGUUGUAGAAGACUUUGUUUAUCUAACUUGCAGCUCAUCAACGAGCAUCCUUCAGAUAUGGUUGAGAGGCACACAGCAGAAAGUGGGGAGAAUAUCGGCAGGCAGCAGAAUAACUAGUCUUCUUACUGGCAACGACACAGUCAUAUGUGGUACAGAGAAGGGCCUGAUCAAGGGCUGGAUACCUCUCUAGACAGCAAAAAAGAAUGAAUUAAAAAAGUAAAAAUUACCACUAUUUUUUCUCUUUUAUUAAAAUUUCUUGUACUAAUAUCAAUGUAUAAAGGCAGUUAAGGGUUCGUUAUAUACUCACACGAAAUGUAAAAAGUACUUGUUUACAGAUGUUAAGAAGGAAAGAACUCAAAAUCAUAGAGCUAAGAUAGUUUGUAUUUUCUUGGAAGGUAUAGUAUGUAAUAGCUAAAUUAUAAUCUGGGAUAUCAAUGAAAUAAAUAGCCACACUUUUUUGCUUCAA